AUGAAUUCAGUGGAAAAUGGUAUUAGGGCCAAUCAUAAUUCAAACCUUUUUUCAAUAGGCAUUAUUUUAGAUAAUUCAACAAAUGUAUUUGGUCCAUUAGUUUUUGAAGAUAACAAAUAUGAGUGUCUACAACAAAGUGAUGCUACAGAAACCAAAUGUUUAUUAUGUGAUGAUAGUUUUAAUUUGAAACUAUCACUACCCAUGUUUCUUGCUCACAUAUUCGAUGUUCACAGCAUUGUAAUUGAAGAUGUUCAAAAUAUAGAUAAUCUAAAUGAAUACAUACAAUACUGGAGAAAUAAGUUUAAAAACAGUCCUUUUGAACAAAUUAUUCCAUCUCUUAGUCUGGAUUCUGCAGGACAAAAAUAUUUUUUAAUGUCCGUUUUACUAAAAGAAGAUAAAGAAUUAAGACACCAUUUAAAGUUAGAAUAUGCAUUGAGGGUACAGGAAUUUGAGAGGAAUGAUAAAAGUUUCUCAAGGCAGUGUUUAUUUUGUAGGCUUAUUUUUGAAGGAACAAGACAAGGAUAUUUAGAACAUCUUUCUAGUCAGCACAAUCUACAGUUAGGAAAUCCCCAAAACUUGGUCCACAUUGAAGAACUGAUAGAUAGCAUUGAUAAAAAGAUAACUAAUUUAAAGUGUUUAUAUUGUGAAAAAACGUUUACUGAUAGAAAUGUACUUAAAGAACAUAUGAGGAAAAAGUUACAUAAAAGGAUAAAUCCUGAAAAUAAAGAAUAUGAUAAGUUUUAUAUUGUUAAUUAUUUGGAAGAAGACAAAUCUUGGAAGGCAAUACAGCAAGAGGACGAUAGAUAUGCCUUACCUAGAGGUGCAGAAGCAAAUUCUGAUGAAGAAUACUCAGAUUGGAAUGAACAGGAGGAUCAAAUAAUAUGCUUGUUUUGUAAAAACAGAGAAACUGAUAUAAAUUUGCUGUGUCUCCAUAUGGAAUCAAAUCAUGGAUUUGACUUUGCUCUUUCCACCCAAAAUAUGGAUUUCUAUCAAAAAGUUAAACUCAUCAACUUUGUCAGGAAACAAAUCCAUGAUAAUAAAUGUUUGUUUUGUGAUAACAAAUUUGAAAACUUCUUCAAUUUGGAAAAACAUUUGAUUGAAAAAGACCAUUAUAAAAUGCCAGAAUUGAAAUCGUUUGAUCAGCCUGAGUUUUACUUUCCUACUUAUGAAAAUGAUGCCUUUCUUUAUUUAAUAGAUGAUCUAGAAGACUGA